UUAAAUAAGCUUAUUCUUCCUGUGUCUAUAGUGAUAUCAACACUAUUUUAAACAGAAAGUCUGAAGAUCUAGCAUCUCAUCCACACUGCUCACAAGAAGUUAUCUUCCAGGCCUUACUUUCGGGCUCAGCACUCUCCCCUUGCCGCAGGCAGACAGCUGUGACUCACUGGGGACAGCAACAACUGCUGACAGCCUCUGAGCCUGAGGCUAACUACUGCCUCUAUUCUCAGCAGAAGCCCCAGUGUGGAGACCAGAAAAGAUGGCGGUACAUCUCUUGGUACACUUUCCUCUCCUUUUACUGCUGCUGGGACUAUGGGAGCCAGUGUGUCUUCUUUAUCCUUUGCCUAAAAACCUCACCAAGGCUCAGUGGUUUGAAAUUCAGCAUAUACGGCCAAGCCCUCUCCAAUGCAACAAGGCAAUGCUUGGUGUCAAUGAUUAUACUGGGCACUGUAAGCCUCAAAACACCUUUCUGCACGACUCCUUCCAGAAUGUGGCUGCUACCUGUGAGUUGUCCAAUAUUGUCUGCAAGAAUGGCCGGAAAAAUUGUCACCAGAGUCCAAAGCCUGUCAAGAUGACUAAUUGUGAUCUUACUGCAGGGAAGUAUCCUGACUGCCGCUACAAAGAUGCUGCCGAGUACAAGUUGUUUAUUAUUGCCUGUGAUCCUCCUCAGAAGAGUGACCCUCCCUAUCAUUUGGUUCCUGUACAUUUAGAUAAGAUUGUUUAAAGUUUUCAUCACUUCCUCUCGCUUGUUACAGGCUCUCUUAAUGAUCUCUUCCACAUUUUGUUGAUUUCCCUGGUUGCCAUUGAAGAAAAGAAAAAGUUUUGGUUGAAUUAGAGUGCCAAGGUCACCAGACCAGAUUUAGGACAAAAAGAAAUAGGAUUCUUUUCUGCUUUGAAGCUCUGUGUUUCCAAGGAUGGCGACAAGGAAAACGGCAAAGAAGGACCCAGGCCUCCAUAUUUUUAAGCUUGGAACUUUUGCCAAGCUUUGUUGCCCUGCAUUAACAUCAAUAAAAUCACUUUCUGCUGCA